CGAGAGAGCGGGAGGGAGAGAGAGAGAGCGAGGGAUAGAGACAGAGAGAGAGAGAGAGAGAGGGAGAGAAAGAGAGAGAGAGAGAGAGCGACUCUUCCAGGAAGGGAAUAUUAACCAGCGCGCUGCCGACAUGAGGAGGAAAACACGCGCAGACAAAAGAAGUUUUCACAGCGCGCGCCGCGCCAUGGAGCCGCACCGCGCUUAGAGCAGGAAACACGACACACACUCACACACACACACACACUCAGGAGGAGGAGGGAGAGAGAGAAAAAGCGGGCUGCAUGAGAAAAGCUGCUCAACUUCCUCCCGCGACCACCGAGCCGAGCAGCCGCGGAGCAGCGCGAGCGGCGGCGCCUCCGCUCCCGCCAGACCGCAGCGGAGGACCGAGAGGUGGAAGGACGGCGGGGACAAGUUGACGGGAGAUAAUGUCUGAAUCCCCCUCCGCUGCGAUCAAGCCGGAGAGGAGUCCGUCCUUCAGUCCGUCUUUCAGUCCUUCCGCCAGCCUGCUGCCAAACUCCACUUCCUCCCCCGUCCAUGCCCCCGCCGCCAGGCCGGCCGGCCGAAUGGACGACGAGGCUGCCAAGCUGCCCGCGCACCUGCGUUUGCAGCCGGUCUUCUGGAGCAGGGAGGACGUUGCUCAGUGGCUGCGGUGGGCAGAGAAGGAAUUCGCCCUGCGACCCAUCACCAGCGGCUCCUUCCAGAUGAACGGCAAGGCGCUGCUGCUGCUCACCAAGGAGGACUUCCGCUACCGAUCGCCUCACUCCGGCGACGUCCUGUACGAGCUGCUGCAGCACAUCCUGAAGCAGAGGAAGCCGCACGUCUUGUACCCGGCGGCCUACUUCCCCGGGAGCUCCUUCCACUCGCUGGCCGACGGCGCCGCGCAGCACCUCAAGCUGGAAGACACGGUACGGCGGGCGGCCCGCGGUACGGAGCCCCUCCCCCAGCACCCGCCCACCAUCGAGCUGCGGCACCGCUCCCGCUCGCCCCACCAGCCCGCCCCCCGCCGCUCCCCGCCCGAGCCGGGCCACGCCCGCCCCGCCCCCGACGACCCGCAGCUGGCCUUCUCCCAGCUGCCCGACAGCAACCACCACCUGCCGGAGGAGCUGUACCCGCUGUCCGUGUCGCCGGCCGCCGCCGCCGCCAACGGCCGCUGCGCCACGCCCAGGGAGGCCCCGUGCCCCGGCAGCCCCGGGGGCCCCGAGGCCGGCCCCCCCCGCGUCAUCCAGCUCAUGCCCAGCGCCAUCAUGAACCCUCUCCUCCUGAGCCCCAUCAGGACCGGCGCCGCCGCCGCCAUGGACUUCCGGCACGGCCGCGGCGGCGGCGGCGCCCUGUCUCAGGUGGAGAACGGGCGCGACGGGAAGGUCCACGUCCACCAGCAGCACGGCCUGCUGCAGCAGCAGGAGGAGGCGCUCUACCGCAACCACGUCAUCAUGCCCGUGUCGCCGCCCGACGAGCAGCAGAUGCCGAUCGGACGCAUCGCAGACUGCAGGCUCCUCUGGGACUACGUCUACCAGCUCCUCUCAGACAGCAGGUACGAGAACUACAUCCGCUGGGAGGAUCCGGACAGCAAGGUCUUCCGCAUCAUGGACCCCAACGGCCUGGCCAGGCUGUGGGGCAACCACAAGAACAGAACCAACAUGACGUACGAGAAGAUGUCCCGGGCGCUCAGACACUACUACAAGCUGAACAUCAUCAGGAAGGAGCCGGGACAGAGGCUGCUGUUCAGGUUCAUGAAGACCCCGGACGAGAUCAUGAACGGACAGACGGACCGGCUGGAGCGGCUGGAGGCCGACGACGCCGACGAACAGAUCUACAUCAAGGAGGAGUGCUGAGGCCGCCGCCGCCGCCGCCGCCGCCGCCGCCGGUGCCUUCCAGGAGCAGCUGCAGAGAAGACAGAACCUCCACCUCCGGCUGCUCCGGCUCAGCCCGCCCCUCCUCACGUUGCCUUAGAAGAAAAACCAA